CGGACUCCUCUCAAUUCCUUGGUUUGGACCUUUGGCUCAGAGAUUACUCGAAUCUGCAAGUGCGUCAAAGAAAGGGAACAGCAAGAACUUGGACCGCUCUAGCACCAAAACCCGAAUCCCUGGGACGUCAACCUCUAGCAGAACAAACGAGAAUUGUCACAGAAGCACGGCCUGGCGUGUCAUGCAACCGCUGCUCCGAUCGAGCUAUAUGCAGUUUGGUGUUUGCAGUCUCGAAACCGACGUAGAAGAUGUCGAAGAAUUGCUCGCAGAAAUACUCGUGGAUCUCCAAGAUAGUGCAACUGUUCAGCAUUCCAAUGGCACGGUUCUCCCUAAGAAUGAGAUAAAGAAACACAGAGAACUCGUCUUUGUCGGCCACAGCACUGGGUGUCAGAUAGCCGUACGGUGGCUGCUGCAUAGAGCGAACAGUAACAGCUUAGCUUCUUUGUUACCAUUUACGCGGAUCCGUCUGAUAUUGCAGGGGGCAGUGUCCGACCGAGAAGCGACAGAGCAAGAGAUGCGUGACGCGGGACUAGAGAAAACACUUUGCGAACUUCAAGCACUCCUUUUUGACGAACGCCAUGGUGAAGAUAGAAUGGCCGACGGCUUAUUGCUCCCAGCGCGACUCGCACCAUUCCUCUCUUACGGCCUUUUUGGCACAAUUUCAAGAUUUUCCGUCAGCCUCAGCGGUACUAGGUACUGGAAAUAUGAGUAUUUUUAAUACUUUUUCUAUGUAUACUAUAGGUAUAAGUAUCUCCGACAAGGAGACAGAGGAACGAAGUGCAUAAACGGAUAAUGCUAUAGUACGAUCGUUUCAAGAUAUAGCAUAACAUCGAGAAUGCAUAUUCUAAUUUGUCGGCGCUCCAGCGAUCACGAUUGGUCGCGCACGUAGUUUUCUUGGGCGUUUAACCGCUGACGAUCUCUUUUCCACCGAUCUUACCGCGGAUGAGAUUGCGGAAAUAUUUAGUCCAGUGCGAAAAGCGCUAGUUCUCCCCUCGUCGCAUGUCGCGGCAUCAAAUGAUUCGCCUUCAGCAUCAUUACAAGUAAACCUGCAGCUUUUGCUCAGUCCGAAAGAUGAAUACGCAAUUCUGAAGAGCAAAGAAGGCUACGCAGACUUUCUUUCGCGGUACUGCAUCGCAGCGACUGGCGGAGGUGCGAAAUUUGAAGGCAGUUACGUGUGUGCGGACAGACGCUUUCGUGCUUCGUACAGUCUCUACGAGGGGUCCCACGGGGGCGCUGAGGUGAGCGACGUCCUCUCUGCGGCUGUGUUCGGUAGCAUCGCGAACCCCCUGCAAGACACGAGUAUGCUCGCGGAGGCCUUGCACUUCAUGCGGGAUCAGAUUGGGG